GAUACAACUGAAAACUCAACCAUGGAUAACAUUUCAACAGACACUGAAAUUUUCGGUAUAACAGAUUUGAAAACUGCCCAGCAGAGCGACACAACAGAAUACCACACAGUUGCCAGUACCAUCACCACCACUACAAAUACACCAAUGAUCCCUAUCGUGUUCACAAAUGAAGACACAACGAUGGACACCACUUCAACUGAGGAUACUGUUGCUACCUUGGCAAUCUUGGGAACGACUAAUAUGCGAAGUUUGAAAACUACCACGAACACAGAAAAUCCUAGUACCAUUUUAACUACACCAACACAUGAAGCCAACACAGACACAACUGAAAACGCCACUGUAGGUACUACCUCUAUCGACACCUCUAAUAGUACUUAUGCAAUCACACCAAACAUUCUCAAUGAAGACUUAGAUAGUACGAUGAAUACAAGAACAACAGAUAAUCAUACAAUAUCUGACAGUACUUAUAUGACCACAGCAAUCUCUGUCGGCCAAAACUUAGAUGAUACGACUCACACAGGAACAAGUGAUAACUCUAUGAUGAAUACCUCUUCAACUGAUAGUUUAUUAACAACAAUUACUAUCAAGAGAAACUUAUUUGGUACUUCGGAAGUAAUAACAGAUUAUUCUGAAACAGAAACAUUUUUACCCUACAGAACCACCCUUCGACCCCUUCCCGAGAUGCCACCAUGCUCUCUACCUGCUUGCAAAGAAGCAGCUUCCAGAGUGGUAGCCCUCAUGAAUCAUGAUGCCACACCAUGCCAUGAUUUCUACGACUAUGCUUGUGGUGGACAAAUAAUUUCAGAAGUAUCUUUCUUCGAGAAGAUGUUUGAUGGCCUGAAUGAGAAGAUUCGAGAUUUACCUUCUACAUCAGAGGAAUAUCUCUCGCAUUUUUCCAACUUUUAUCGUAGCUGUGUCGAUUAUGAAACUAGUUUUGGGAUGAAGAAAAGGUUAAAAUUUCUGGAUGAACCUAAGAAAAGAAGUAUCACCGAUUUGUUCAUAGACCUUAUUUUGACUCAGUCAAUGCCAUUUUUCGAUAUAGGAUUGGGUAUUACAAAUUCAGGAAAAUACAUAUUCGAGGUAACAAUACCAAAUAGAAGCACUCUGAAAACUAGUUUGGAAAAAUAUUCCUUUCUUGACAACAUGCGAGAGGAAUGUUUAGAAGAGAGUACUGAAUAUAUUCAUAACAACACACUUGAUUUGAAACCCAUGCUGAAAUACAUUGAAAAUUGUGUCCAUGAAAAAACAAAAAAUUAUGUUCGUAAAUACGCUAACGAAAUGAAUGUGCUGAGUAAUUUACCUGAAAUGGACUUUCUUGGUAAAUUUUGUAAGCAGGAACAUGUAAAUGGUUUACUGAAUUUAAUGAAAAAUCUGGAAUCUCUUCGUUUACAAUAUAGACUCGACUCUGAAAACUUGGAACCACAUAACUGCAGAACGAUAAAUACAUCAAUACUAAAUGGAAAUGAGAGAAUGGUGGCGCUUGGAUUCAAUUGGAUCGAUUUUUUUCAGGGAAUUACAAAAGGUGUUACAAUUUCAGAUGACAUGGAAAUCAAAAUAUGUCACGAAGAUUAUUUGAUGAAGGUUUUUCAUAUUUUCGCUCAAAAUAGCAAUCUGCCAGAAAUUCUCAAUCUAUGGAGCAGCAUGCAAACGUACAAAAAUACAGUGGUCGACAGAGAGACAUUUGAAAGAGAAACGGUUUGCAUGAGACUUGGAACAGAACUCAUGCCUGAUAUUGCCACAUUUCUUCUUGAGGAUAUUAAUGCAGACACUCAGUGGGAUGCAUUUCCCUUAAUAGUUGAUAUAUUCAAUAGUCUCAAAAUCCAAUUCAACCGCUCUAUGUCGACAGUCAACAAGAAAGGAGACGCCUACGGAAAAUUCAUGCAAACAUUGCAAGAUAUCUAUUUGACAGCAAUAACUCCUGGGGAUUUUGAUUCACUCAGGAACAAUUAUUUACACUUGAAUGUAUCUAAGGAAUUGCAUCAACUCAAUAUAAAGACUUUGCUUGGAAACUAUAAAAAAAACAUUUAUUCCCUAGUCAGUCAAGAAGUAUCAUCAGAAAGCCUCUUGAAAUAUUUUGUAAACCCCUUCGAGACUGAGCCACGAAUAUUUUAUCCCGUAAAAUCCAUAGUUUUCCAACCUGGAUUUUUACAUGGUAUAUCAACAGAUCUGCCUGACAACACGCGAUUAGCUACGAAGAUAUUUCUUUUAGCCGAACAACUAGUCAAAUAUUUCAUGGAGACUGAAACCUUGAAACCGGAUGAUUCAAUUAGGAAUCUACUUAAUGAGUUUCUGCAUAAUGACGGCAGGCCUAUUCAAUCAGGGUUUAUAGAUGAAGUCGAAUAUGUAUUCGAUGGGAAUCAGUAUAUGAUAAAAAAUACAGGAUGUGAAAGACAGUGUCUGAAUUCUGAUGAAUUGACAAUAGACAACCUCGCUUUCAAACUGGCAACUGAAAUUUUUAAAUCAAUGGAUAGAACACCGCUUAUGUUUCUAGAUGAAGCAUUUAGCUACGAACAAGUUUUUCUCUUGAUGACAGCACAAGGUUUCUGCAAGCACAAUGAUUUGGUGAAUUUUUUGAAAGACUUUUCUGAUGGCAAGCUUCCAAGUCCGAUGAAGAUCAGAAACAUAAUGAAAAAUUCAUACUUUUUCGAAACAAAAUUUCAUUGUUAUUUACUAUAAAAAAUGUCAUCAAAUAUUAGGUUCAUCAUAAAUGUAAUACAAUAUUUGACAUAAGAAAAUGUGAUUGUUACUGAACUAAAUUGUAUAGUAAUAUGUGAAAUAAUUUAUAUUAUGACUUAGCUGUGUGUUAGAAAAAGUAUAUUUUUUUCUUCA